UUUGUGCUACUAGUCUACAGUGCCUAGCGUACGCAGGCAAGCAAUACAAAUACAUUUAUCAUGGCUGGUAGAAAGGGCGUAGAACUAGAAGUGUAUUUAGAUUUAUUGUCUCAACCAUGUAGAGCAAUACAUAUAUUUCUUAACUGCAAUAAAAUUCCACACAAGGUGAAAACAGUUGCAAUACGAAAAGGGGAGAAUAGGACACCAGAGUAUACAAAACUCAAUCCCAUGCAGAAGGUCCCUGUGAUGGUCGACAAUGACUUUGUUCUGACUGAGAGUGAUGCCAUAUUAAAAUACCUGGCCACCAAAUAUGAUGUCCCAGGUAACUGGUACCCACGCCACCCAGAGAGGAGGGCGAGAGUGGAUGAAUACACAGCCUGGCACCAUACCAACACCCGGCCACAUGCGGCCAAGGUCUUUCUCAUGGAGGUUUUACUGCCCCAUAUGACAGGGCAGCCAGCAGACCCACUGAAGUUGGAGAGGGCGUUGGCAGACCUGAGUGACACUCUGGAGAAGCUGGAGAACAUGUUCCUCAAGAGACAGCCCUUCCUCUGUGGAGAUGACAUCAGCCUGGCUGACCUGCUGGCCAUGUGUGAACUCAUGCAGCCCCUAGGUGGCGGCAGAGACAUCCUGAAGGAUCGUCCCAAGCUGUUGAGCUGGAAAAGUCGUGUCCAGUCUGCGCUGGGUGAUUCCUUUGGCAAGGCACACACAGUGCUGUACAGUCUCCGGGACAGGUCCAAAGCAAAGCUAUGAAAUAAUCUCAAUAUGGUUUGAUAUAAAAGCUUGCACAAUGCUUGAAAGCAACACUACUACCAGAUGUCUUUACUGAUUAUGUUUGUGCUGUCCAUGUUGACCUCGAGAUUGAGGUUGUUUAUAGGCUCAAUGGGAGAGUGAGCCGUGCCUUACAGUAACCUCUGUGUGAUAUGCUACAAAAUUACUAGCUAGAUGGUUCAGCAUUAUGAACCUUGAUCUGGAGUGGAGAUGGGAAAUGUUGAAUAGAGUAAGAUAAUAUUUUAUAUUAUCUAGAAGAGUAAUAUAUUUUCAAUGACAUACAACUGCCUAGAAUGAAUGGAUGCAUAACAAUAAAAAACAGUAGAAAAUUGUUUAUUCAACA